ACAGCCCUCCGAACCCUGAGCAGGCACCAUGGACUGGAAGAAACUCCAAGACCUACUGAGCGGCGUGAACCAGUACUCCACGGCAUUCGGGCGCAUCUGGCUGUCAGUAGUGUUCGUCUUCCGGGUGCUGGUGUACGUGGUGGCUGCGGAGCGUGUGUGGGGUGACGAGCAAAAGGACUUCGACUGUAACACCAGGCAACCCGGCUGUACCAACGUGUGCUAUGACAACUUCUUCCCCAUCUCCAACAUCCGACUCUGGGCCCUGCAACUCAUCUUCGUCACGUGUCCCUCUAUGCUGGUCAUCCUGCAUGUAGCCUACCGUGAGGAGCGGGAACGGAAGCAUCGCCAGAAGCACGGUGAGCAGUGCGCCAAACUGUACAGCCACCCGGGCAAGAAGCACGGCGGCCUGUGGUGGACCUACCUGUUCAGCCUAAUCUUCAAGCUCAUCAUCGAAUUGGUCUUCCUGUAUGUUCUACACACGCUCUGGCACGGCUUCACCAUGCCACGUCUGGUACAGUGUGCCAGCGUGGUACCCUGCCCCAACACCGUGGACUGCUACAUCGCUCGGCCCACGGAGAAGAAGGUCUUUACCUACUUCAUGGUAGGCGCUUCCGCGGUCUGCAUUAUUCUCACCAUCUGUGAGAUCUGCUACCUCAUCUUCCACAGGAUUAUGCGAGGCCUGAGCAAGGGCAGAUCUACAAAGAGCAUCAGCUCCCCAAAGUCCUCCAGCAGGGCCUCCACUUGUCGCUGUCACCACAAGCUGCUGGAGAGUGCCGACCCAGAAGCAGACCCAGCCGCAGAAAAGCUGCAGGCUUCCGCACCCAGCCUGACCCCCAUUUGAACCACCCGCUGGGGAAGGAAGCUGGGAAGUGCUGCAGGUGGAGGGGCCCUGGGGGUGCUGAGUGCCCCCACUUUGAAUUCACUAAACUACCCAGUUCCCUUGGAAGCAGAUAUUCGUGGGUACUGGGCUCUGUGCGGGCUACCUGGUAUAGGUAACAUAACAGACCCAGCUUCAGAGAGACAUUUAGAUUAGCAAAUUAACUACAUGCAUGCAAGGGUCUACUUAGCGCUGGACUGGUAAACCUACCCCAGGGCACCAUCUCAGAAAAGCACAGUGAAAGAAAGAAAAGAGAUGGGACUCUCCAACAGCAAAAAGAACUGGGGGGUCUCAGAGGAGAGGUGCUGGAUCUGGACUAGGGACAGCUGGCCAGAGGGAGGCUUCGUUACUCAACCAGGAGAAGCUGAACAGGUUCCCACGUGGAAUCUUCUGGAGGCCAAAGAGCAGGUGUGGGAAGUAGUAGCAGGCCUUGUCACAUCAACUGCUGCUUGAGACACACCCACGGGUCCCUCUGGAUCCCCCUUUGACAACCUCCACCAUCAGGAAGCAAAACUCUCCUCCCUCCCACCAGGGUGCUGAGCCCGCUGCACCCUUUAGCCAGGACCUUGGCGGCAUGCAUAUCCUGUCAUAUCCCGGGCAUAUAUCCUUGACAUAUCCAAGU